AGAAAAUGGGAAAGGAAGUGGUGGAAAAAGGAAAACGCAUUUUGUCUUACUCGGUCUCGUAUUAUUGGGCAUUGCCCGUCUUCUACGGUUUUCUUCAUCUCCGACGAAACAUUCUUGUCGUCUACAUGCCAGUUUUCCAUUGUUUAUUAGUUUACGAAUCUCACUAAACUGCCAAAUCAAUUAGCAUAUAAUCGGAUCGGAGCAUGGAAUGCGGCCGGCGUUGGGAGAGAUUUCAUGAGUUUCUGAUCUUCCAUGGCGCGAUCAUCUAACUUGAUGCCGAUAGUGAGAGAUCAAAAAUGUUGUAGAAUCUUCUUGCGCAGCGGCAUAUUUCCUGCAGCUUCUUUGAUCUUUAUAGGACUCUUCCUAUGGAGCAAAGCAAUAACACAACACGAUAUAGAGGACAUGUUAAUAUGGAAUUUAAAAGGUUCCAAUGCAUGUAAGAAUCAAUGCAGGCUUCCUGGAAGUGAGACGUUACCUCAAGGCAUAGUUUCCAAGACCUCCAACUUGGAAAGAAGACCACUAUGGGGUCUUCCAAAGAAGACAAAUACUUCAAAAAGUCUGUUUGCUGUUGCUGUGGGGAUAAAGCAGAAAAAGAAUGUAGAUAAGAUGGUGAAGAAGUUCCUAGGAAGUGAUUUUGUUGUGAUGCUUUUCCAUUAUGAUGGUAUUGUUGAUGAGUGGAAGGAUUGUAAUUGGAGCAGCAGUGUCAUACAUGUCUCAGCUGAUAAUCAAACUAAAUGGUGGUUCGCAAAGCGGUUUUUACAUCCAGAUAUUGUAGCAGAGUAUAACUAUAUUUUCUUGUGGGAUGAAGAUCUUGGCGUUGAAAACUUCCGCCCUGCGAGGUAUCUGUCAAUUGUGAAAGAUGAAGGGUUUGAGAUAUCACAACCAGCACUGGAUCUUGGAAAGUCUGAGGUGCAUCAUCUUAUCACAGCUCGAUCGGGGAGAUCAAAAGUCCACAGGAGGGCUUAUAAACAUGAUGGUAAGGGUAUUCAAUGCGAUGACAACAGCAGUGGUCCUCCUUGCACAGGGUGGAUAGAAGUGAUGGCCCCUGUUUUCUCAAAAGCUGCAUGGCGUUGUGUGUGGUAUAUGAUCCAGAAUGAUUUGAUCCAUGCUUGGGGACUAGACAUACGGCUUGGUUAUUGUGCACAGGGGGAUCGAACAAAAAAGAUAGGAAUCGUGGAUACUGAAUAUCUUGUUCACUAUGGCCUCCCAACUCUGGGAGAUUCUCGCCUUAAGACAUCCAGAUGGAACAAGACUUCUUCUAAUGGAGAAAAGGAUAAAUCAGAGUCGGGUGAAAUCGACCAAAGACUUGCGGUAAGAAGACAGUCGUAUAACGAGUACAAGGUGUUUAGGAGGAGGUGGAAAAAGGCGGCAGAGUCGGAUCAUUGUUGGGCCGACCCGUACCCGGAGGAGGAGGACGACCACCAAAAGGAUCGCCCCUCCUUUUGGACUCAAAUCUGAUCCAUUACCUUAAUGGAUUUGGAUCAGCCCAUUUUUUAUUCAAAUACCCAUUUUUCAUUUAUGAUCAAAUAUGUGUGUGUAAAUGUAAUAUACAGCUGGUAGUGAUGGGAACUUGUACAACCAUUUUUGUCCACUCAAAUUCAUUUUACCUUUCAUUAUACAAUUGGCCUAUUUUUCU